UGCAGUUCUUUUCGUGCUUCACAGAGGACUUUAAAAGAAAAUGUCAAUUCAUCUGGAUUCAAACAUAAUUAACAGGUGAUUCAAAAUUAUGGCCAAUUCAUUGUUAACCCAAGCAGCACCAGCAACUACAGCAAUACCAAUUUCGACGAGAUCAAAGCAGAGUAAUGCUACUCAGUCGUCUUUGAGUUUCCCUAGAGUUUCUGCAUUUCAUCGUGGUUCUGAUCAAGCUCCAUGCCCCAACCUUCUCUACCGCAGAAGUCUUGCAUUUGGUUUGGUUGGUGCAGUGCUAGGCUUGAACACGGCUGAAAAAAAUGCAAGUGGUGCUGCUAGAAGACCACCACCACCUCCACCGGAGGAGAAAAAGGACCCCAAUGUGAGCGGCCUAACGGCCAAAGUUCUGGCAAGUAAGAGGAGGAAGGAAGCCAUGAAAGAAAAUGUGGCCAAGCUGAGAAAGCAAGGGAAGCCUAUUAUUACUGAACCAUCUGAAUAGCUUUGUUUUUUUUUUUUUUUUGGCAUUUGAGCAAUAGUUUUUUUGGUAUAGAUUUCAAUCCUUCCUGUAUAAUUUCAAGAAUUGUCUUUUACAGAAGAACGAAAACUAUUAUCCAAAUUGUCAUGAAUUAGAGAAUGAAUCCACUUUCACUCACUUUUGGAGAGAU